UGAGCACUGAGUUCCAUCCAUGUGCCGCUUGAUAUUUUUAGCAGUUUGAUUGUCCGUUUUGAGGCGUCAUGUGCUGCCGCUUAUUUGAUUCUUUCCUCCAUGCGUUGCUUAUCUUGACGCGUACCAUGCUUUGUUUAUCUCCAUGCAUCGGUCUCCGCGAUGUUAGAUAGAUUCUACUCUUCCAUACUCAGAUCAUCUGAGCACGGAUUCAGUCAAUGUGCAUGCACCGGUUUUACUACUACCUUCCCCUUGACGCCAAAGCUGUUCUCCUAUCUCGCCUUCAUCCGGUUACUGUUCUGCUCCCUCGCAAAGUUUUGAGCAGAGUUAACCUGUGUUCGAACCUCCCUUCAUCAAUGGACUGGAACUGGAGGCAGCACUGCUGAUUGAUUGCUCUGUGCUCAGGGAGAUUAAACAGAGGCUCUCAACAGCUGCAGGCCUGCAGCUACAGGAGCACCAAUAUCGCAUGCUCGUUACAGUAUACUACUGUACCUUAGAUAAACAUAACCAAUCACGCUAAUUUCGCCCCGUGACAUGUUAACCAUUCGUGUGGGCGGCCAUAAACUACGCUUCCACCCUUACACACCACCACCUAUCUUGCCGGAGGCAGCCAGGAAGCGACCAAAAUUUUCAAAAUCGGGGGCGCACCGCACUGCACGCAUGUGACCGUGACUGCUUGCAGAUGGCUCCAUUUUCUUGAUGAAAUGCAGAUGGCGCCAUGGGCAACGCCUGUCCGGUUCUUGAGCCCGGCGCAAAGCGGCCAAAGGAGCCGCAGUGCGGCGCUGGUCCACCUGUCUCCCCUCGCUAACCCGCAUCUGUAAAGCCUCGCCCCCGUGCUUGCAUAUCACGGGGGAUCAUUAGGUUAUUAAGCUAAUGCGCCUCCCCUUUCCCGGCUCCUGCCUGCCUCUCCCUCGCUCUCUCUGUCUCUCUCGCUCGCUCGCUCGCCCGGUUGCUCCCCAUUCACUUCUUGUCGGUCGCCUUUGCCGCUUUCGGCCGGCCUCGGAUUCUUUGUUUCCCCAUUGCUUCUCGCGGCUUCUCCUCUCUGCAUCUGGUUCACUUCGCUCGAGCUGAAGUGUUUUGAGCCGUUGAAUCCGGAGCGGUUCUUGAGCUUUGCUUUCUGGUCAGAACUUUUCUCCCCUGCGUUUGGGAUGAAGGGGGGCACUGGAAUCCUGCGCCUCCUCCUCUAGUCAUGCUGUACUUGAGCAAGAUGCAUUUUCUGAGGUUAUAUUCGAGCAGUACAGCCGUGAGGAAUGGCUCCGUGGAACACCCUGCCCGCGGGUCUCCCCUCGGAGCAAGCAAGACGGGCCGGCCGACGAGGCUGGCCGGCCUGGACUCCGGCGUCGACGCGGCGGCCACCAAGUCGCCCACCGGCCGGAGCCCCAAGGUGGAGCGCCGCACCACCAUGAGCGCCGAAAGAGAGAAAAGGAGGUCGCCCAUGAAGCUGUCGGAGCUCGAGUCCCAGCUCUCGCAGCUGCAGGACGAGCUCAAGAAGGCCAAGGAGCAGCUCCAUUCCUCGGAGAACUCCAGGAAGCGGGCCCUGCAGGAGGCCGAGGAGGCCAGGGCGCAGGCGGCGGAGGCGUCCGCGCAGGCCAGCGACUCGCGGGGGCAGCUCGCCGAGCUCUCCUCGGUGGAGCAGACCCGCAUCUUCGAGCUCCGCCGGCUCUCCCAGGAGCGCGAUCGCUCGUGGCAGUCGGAGCUGGAGGCCAUGCAGAAGCAGCACGAGGCGGACUCGGCCGCGCUCGUCGCCGCCAUGGGCGAGGUGCACCGCCUCCGCGUGCAGCUCGCCGCGGCCGCCCGCGCCGACCGCAAGCAGGAGGUGGCGGAGGCGCUGGCGACCGUUGACGAGCUUAAGGCCAAGCUCUCCGCGAGCGAGGAGGCCGAGGCGCGGGCGCGAGCGUUGCACGAGGAGUGCAAGCAGCAGCUGGAGGCGAGCCGGGCCACCAUCGACUCGCUGCUCACCGACGGCUCCAAGCUGAUGGACUCCUUCAGCCUCGUCGUCACGGAGCUCGAGGAGUCGCGCGCGAAGCUCAAGGCCCUCGAGGAGGAGGUGGCGGAGACGACGUCGGCGAAGGCCGCCGCCGCCGCCGGCCAGAGCUGCAACUGCUCGGACUCGGAGGCCGCCGAGCUGAGGUCGGCGCUGGAGGACGUGGAGGCCAGGUUCCAGGAAGAGAAGAUCCUGAGCACCGUCGAGACGCAAUGCGCGUACGAGCUCAUGGACCAGAUCAAGGUCGAGUCCGACCUGCGGCAUGGCAAGCUCGCCGCCGCGCUCGCGAGCGCCAAGUCCGAGGUCAUGUUCCUCAAGGCGAGCCUGUUCGACAGGGAGUCCGAGCUGCGGCGCGCCCAUGACGCGACCAAGAAGCUGCAGGACGACGCGAGAACGAACAGCACGGCGGACGAGCUGAAGGCGCAGCUGCAAGGCGCGCUGCAGGAGAACGGGCAGCUGAAGCUCGAGCUGCGGCAGUACGAGUCCGAGAAGGUCCCCGAGAAGUCGGACGCCGACGCGGCGGCGGAGGCGGCGAAGAAGGGGGAGACGGAGGCCGAGCUGAGGCGGCUGAGGGUGCAGGCCGAGCAGUGGCGGAAGGCCGCCGAGACCGCCAUGGCGUUGCUCACCGUGGGCAAGGGCGGCAACGGGAAGAUCUUGGACCGCGGCGAGUCGCUGGACGGCGGCAAGUACGCGGGCCUGUACGACGAGCUCGACGACGACGCGGCGGCGGCCAGGAAGAACGGCAACGUGCUCCGGAGGAUCAGUGGAAUGUGGAAGAAAUGAGGCUGAUCGGCCGAUCAACUGAUGUCAAGUAGUGGCGUGGCUCGAUCGUAGGGAUCGAGCUGUUCAUUUUUUCCCUCGCUUGUAAAAUUGUUUUGCCGGUUCUCGUGGUGUAAAAACAUAGGUGUGAUUGUACUGAACGUGCUCAUAGAUGUAUCAUACGCGGUAUAUGAUGAAUUGAAUCAGUUCAUCCUUUGAUCGUAA